UGGCGACUGAGUGGCCGGUACGAGCUGAUGAUUGGCCGCGGAGCUGGGAUCCUAAGCCGCUCCGGGUCUAGCGGCGUCGUUUCUGGGGGCGGAAAGGGGGAUUAGUCAUUGGUGCCAUGGGCUCAGCGAGCUUUCCGGUCUUGGCGCGCCAUUCCGCUUUUGGGGCUCUUCGUUCUGGACCGCCCUUUCCCUUUCUCGUCGGCCGCCACCGCCGCCUGCUGUUUUCUGUUGUUUACUGCUGUUUUUUGCUGCUCUUGCCGAUUGUUUCUUUUUCUUUUUCUUUUUCUUUUUUUUUUUUUGGAUAUUGCCCUAUCUGUUAAGGAAAGAUCAGUCGGAUCCCCCCACGAGUCUCGCAUCGCUUCCUUCCUCUUGCUACUUACCCGCGCCCGCUUUCUGCCAGAUCAGGCAGUCAAUGCUCAUCAUCCCCCAGUCCUGGUCUCGGUCUUUUUGUCCUUUAAGCGAUCUUCUGAACGCUUAAAAUUAAUCUCAUCUCGCCAGAUCUGCCCAGUUCCGCCCAGCGCUACUUGCACACUUCCUAUGCAGCCAUGGCCACGCCCAUGCAACCAUGCGAUGAAUCCCUGGAAACGUUGACCGCCAUGGUCAACCAGACGCUUAUCGAGACCGGUCGAUUCUUUCGAACCUGCGGGUCGCUUCAGUCCCGAACCCAGCUGAAGAGGAAUUUCCCCGCCGUUCACGAACAGUAUCAAUCCGCACUCGAUGACCUGUCCGAACAGAUCUUCAUCGCAAAGGCGUUUCUCGAAAAGGACUAUGAAGCUAUCGUGUUGAGAAAGUCAACGUUACGGGCUUCCAAGCCUCUGGCCACUACUCAGGAAGAGAAGACAAAGGAUGUGCAGAUGGAGGACACCGAUGAGCAACGCCGAGAUGAUGUCACCAUGAAAGUUGAGUCGAAAUCUCCGGCGCAACCCACCGUUCCAACCACGCAGCCUCUCUCAACAAGCACGCCCCCCGCACCGCCCGAUUCGGCUCCAGAUCAGAAUCUCCUGUCUACCGCUCCUCCUACCACCGCGGACACGGCGCUUGCCCUACCGGCAACGGCUCCGGCGCUCCAGCCACCUUCCGUCGAGGAAAAGAACCCUGCCGGUGCCCCACCGGAAGCAGAUCCUGAAAGCACCCCCGCGAACAUCAGCCAUAUAGACCUAACGGAGGAGAUGGGUGCACCGGAAGGCCCACUUCCGCUGACUGAGAGCGAGCUCGACCUUGGGGGAACAUUCGGGUCUCUUCUUCCCGGGCUGGAGAGCUAUGCAAAUGCCGGCACCGACGAGGCCAUCAUAGGACUGCCAGGCCUCGAAAGCGGCACUGCUGAGGAGGCCAAUCCUCCAAAGGAUGCAUCCAAUGGCACAUCUAAUCCGGCAAACCCAUCCACCACGCAGACUCAGGAGGCGGGACGGACCGACAUACCUAUGGACGACGUGGCUUCGGCGUUUGACGAUGCAUUCAUCGGGGCAGCAGAUUUUGUGGGCGGAGGGGAUGACCUGCUGCUCCACGGUGCUGAUAUCGGGGAGUUGGACGACUCAUGGUUUGCGUGAAACGACCUCAGCCGGGUUUAAGCUACCCCAAUUUUUUUGCUUUUAGCGAUAAUCACUGUAUGACUUCGAUACCCCAUAUGAAUUUGAUGUAGAAGCGAAAAAUUGCCACUAUAGAUAUCUACAAAACA